ACCCGCUAUCCACAUUCAUCGGCAAUCUUACCCAUCCACCCACCCCUCAACCCCCAUCCUCACCGUUUUUCACCCUGGACUAUCCAUCCGACCGCGUCUCCCUUGGACGAAUCCGCUCCGUCCCCCGAAUCAUCCCCACAGCGUCUCCCUGCUACCUCCGAAUAAUAAAAACUUCAAUACUACGGGAGCGAUGAAGCCACCGCAGGCCUUAACCACCACCUAUGCCACGCGCAUAGCCACAUUUUCCACAGCCCUGAUAACACCCGCCGGCCUUAAUCCGACUUCCGGUGCUCCUGGUGCUACACCUGUCGGUGAGCGCACAUCUGGGAGGACAAAGCGCGGAACCACUGUCAUUAACUAUGCCGAGGUGGACGGUGACGAUGAUUUGGAGGUUGAUGGUGAGAGCAAUGCGGGCCAGCGGGGGUCUAAUGCCCUGAUUGUCGGCGCUGGGCCUCCGCAGAAUGGGCUUGGAACUAAUAGUAUGGGAAAUGUCGUCGAAGCAAUCAAACGGCCAGUACAAAUUCCGGGCCGACCCGCACAGCCCAGAUCAAGCCAAGGCCUAUAUAGGACAGAGCAUCAACUACUGGCUGCCUCCAAUUUACCGUCGGUGCUAGUUCCAAUUCGUUUGGACUUUGACCUCGAUCCUCCCUCUCGUGGCCGAAUCCACGACAGCUUCCUUUGGAAUCUCAACGAGACAUUGAUCACUCCAGACAAUUUCGCCAUCACGACAUGUGUAGAUCUUGACCUGCCGUUACAACCAUAUGCGUCAAUGAUUUCUGCUGCCAUCCGCGAUCAGAUAUCGGAAUAUGCACCUGUAGCAACGAUUCCCAUAUCUGAAGAAUCUGGAGAAAUGCGAGUAGUUUGCAACCUCAACGUGAACCUGGGGGAGCGCGUCUACACCGAUAAAUUCGAAUGGGAUUUAACGGGCGGCCUUUCGCCGGAAUACUUUGCGAAAUCCGUUGCCGCAGACCUUGGGCUUACGGGUGAAUUUAUUCCGGCGAUUGCGCACGCAAUCUACGAAUUCUGCCUGCAAAAGAAGAAGGAUCUCUGUGAGACCGGCAUCACUCCCGAACUAGAGAACGACGCACAUCGGCCGGAAACAGAAGCUGGCUGGCGCGUGGACCUGGAGUCCUUGGGUGCUGAAUGGGAAUCUAGGGUUGAAACGCUUACCCGCGAGGAGAUCGACAAACGGGAGGGAGACCGCGAGAGGGAAAUUCGUAGGUUGCGCCGUGAUACAGCACGACUGGGGGGGACGCCAGGCGGUGUCAUAAUGCCUUCACAUUGGGGACCCGGCGCAUCGAAUGAUGUGGGCGGAGAAGAGCAAAUGGGCCGUGGGAGUCGAGUGAAGCGCAAACGUCAACGCAGCUUCUCCCCGCCUGCCCGUGGAACCCCGACCCGUACUCCUUCGCAUCAGCAGGGGAACGGUAUCAAUGGGUCGGGCGGCAUUCUCAACGGAGGUCUCACGGAAUGGGAGAAACAGAAUUGGAGAUGCAGCUGGUGUUUUAUCACCGGGACUGGGACUUGGGGCGUUAGGGAGGGUCCUGACGGUCCAAAGACAUUAUGCCACAAUUGUGGCCAAGCGUGGAUGGAAACUGGAGUGUUACCAGAAUGGGCCAAGGGGCUACACAUGCGUCAAUAA